UGGAGGAAGGAAUGUAACAAAAUGACGGUGUUCUAGCGACGCACCCCGUGUGUAACACUAUAUAGACGUUAUAGUCGAAGGGAAUAUCACAGUAAAAGUGAUGCACCAUGCCCAUAGUGGAUAAACUGAAAGAGGCCCUGAAGCCGGGCCGCAAGGACUCUGCUGACGAGGGCGACCUGAACAAACUGCUGGCCUCCUCAGCCAAGAAGGUCCUCCUGCAGAAGAUCGAGUUCGAACCCGCCAGCAAAGGCUUCAGCUACCAGCUGGAGGCGCUCAAGAGCAAAUACGUCAUCCUCAAUCCUCGCAGCGACACCGCCACGCCACAGAGGGCGACAGAGAGCGCACAGAUCAAGAGGCAGGGUGGAGACGGAGGCCUGGGUGUCCAAGGAGACGGCAUUCCGGCCCCUCAGAAGCACCUGUUCCCCGGCAACCGGCUGUCGCUGCGCUGGGAGCGCGUGUACCGCGUGGGGGCGGGGCUCCACAACCUGGGCAACACCUGCUUCCUGAACUCCACGGUGCAGUGCCUCACCUAUACGCCCCCCCUCGCCAACUACCUGCUCUCCAAGGAGCACACGCGAUCAUGUCAUCAGUCGGGCUUCUGUAUGAUCUGUGUAAUGCAGAAUCAUCUCAUCCAAGCCUUCGCCAACACGGGCAACGCCAUCAAACCAGUCUCCUUCAUUAGAGACCUGAAGAAAAUCGCCCGUCACUUUCGCUUUGGAAGUCAAGAAGACGCCCAUGAAUUCCUGCGGUACACCAUUGAUGCCAUGCAGAAGGCCUGUCUCAAUGGAUACCCAAAGUUGGAUAGGCAGACUCAAGCCACAACACUGGUCCAUCAGAUAUUUGGAGGAUACCUCAGGUCGCGAGUGAAGUGUUCUAUCUGCAAAAGCGUGUCGGAUACAUAUGACCCGUACCUGGACAUCGCCGUGGAAAUUCGCCAAGCGGCCAACAUAGUGCGAGCUCUAGAACUGUUCGUGAAGCCUGAUGUUCUGAGUGGGGAGAACGCCUACAUGUGUGCCAAGUGUAAGAAGAAGGUUCCAGCGACCAAGCGCUUCACUGUCCACCGGACAUCCAAUGUGCUGACCCUGUCGCUGAAGAGGUUUGCCAACUUCAGUGGUGGAAAGAUCACCAAGGAUGUUGGCUACCCUGAGUUCCUGAACAUCAGGCCGUAUAUGUCCCAGAGCACAGGAGACCCUGUGAUGUACGGCCUGUAUGCUGUCCUGGUGCACUCUGGGUACAGCUGCCAUGCAGGACACUACUACUGCUAUGUGAAGGCCAGUAAUGGGCAGUGGUAUCAAAUGAACGAUUCCAUGGUUCACUCCAGCAACAUCAAGGUUGUCCUGAACCAGCAAGCCUACGUCCUCUUCUAUCUGAGGAUUCCGGAGAGCAAGAAGAACGCUGACGGCCCCAAGCAAGGCAUCAGCCAAUCAGGGAAGACCAGCAUGACCCCUGACCUCAAGAAGAACCUCAACGGCCCGCUGUCAUCGCCACAGGUUUCCAAGAAACUGGAUGCGGCCCAUUUGAGGAAGAUCCAGUCUGUGGACAGCGGUCUGGGUGUGAGUGUUGCCCGCAGCACCAUGAACCUCCACUCCCCCAAACUCACCAACGGAUCCUCCGCCAACUCCAACUCCUCACAGGGCCCCAGAGGCCCCACUGUCAUCGAGGAGCCCUUGAAGAAGUUUAAGAAGCCCCUGCAACAGCCACGCCCACCCGGCCAGGCCUCCACCAAUGGCGUGGCCAAGUCAGAGAGCGGGCAGGAAAGGCGGGCGGACAGAAGCCUUGCCCAGUCGACCUCGCUCAAGUCCCUCUCCGACUCGGACACCUCUGACUCCAAGGACUCUGUGGGUACGCGCAGUGCUCCGGUGGGGGAGGUGGGGCCAGUGAACGGCACUGCAUCCCGCACAGCGUCGCCCUCUAAGGGGGUCAUGGAGCGGCUGAAGCCCCCCGCCCUGAACACCCUGGCAUCCCUACACAGCACCAUGAGCCCCCCACCUGCCAAACGCCUCGCUCUCUCCGCCAAGAAGGGAGCCAAUCACAGCUGGAGUCAGAGCACUGAGUCCCCGCCCCCGCCUUCAUCAUCCAAUCAUCCCUUGUUUGCCACCACCCAUCCCACUAAGCUCACCCCAGCUCAUCAUGCUCACGCGCCCGGGCACGUCAACCAGCACACACACAGGUUUUCUCCUUCUUUGUCUCCACUGAAGUCCUCAGCGCUCUCCCCAAAGCCCUCCAUGCUCAGCCCACCUCCUAAGCCCCCCCAAUCUGGCUCUCAAACCCCCAGCCCCUCUGCCACCCUGCCCCCGCCCUCCGACCCGCUCUCCAGCCCCCUCCUCAAGAAGAAGAAAAAGAAGAAGAAGAAACGCCGUCACUCAGAGACCAACGAGCCAAUAGCAGAGCCAGCUCAAAACCACAAGCCAAUCAGUGCCCAGGAGGAGGAGGAGAAGCAGGAAGGGCGGGACCAGUCGAAUGAGCCAGUGAUGCGCAAGAAGAAGAAGGCCAAGAGGAGGAGGCAGGAGGAGGGAGGGCAGCCGGGGCCGAGCAGUGUGGAGGCAACGCCACCGCCGCCACCGCAGCCUGCAGCCACCACGCAGGACGAGGAUUGGAAGAUGGGGGAGAGCUGGAGCCUAACGCCAGCCAACCCCGCGGCCACGUUACACCCACCACCAUCCUCAUCCUCCUCCCUCUCUGCCUCUUCGUCAUCCUCGCAGCCAAAAGCACAGCACACACACCCACACACCCCUGACACACAUGCUCAGAGCGCAGGCCACAGUCAGGAGCAGACUGAUGUGGAGAAGCAGAGGAAAAAGAAGAAGAAGAAAAAGAAGCUGCUGAAUGGAGGUGUGGGUGAGGCCAACCAUCACACAUCCUCGGAACCCAAGAGCGUCAAGGUGGAGGAUGUUGGAGCGAAACCAGGCCCUGUGGACUCAACAGAGCUGAGGAAGAAGAAGGGCAAGAAGAGGAAACGAAAGCUGGAGGAGGAGUGUGAGGGGGAGGAGAAGAAGAACCAGACGAAAGAGACGGAAAGAGAGGCAGUCCGGAAUACAAGCGACGGCGGUCUCCCUAAACCGGCUGAGAAGCUACCGGAGAAGACCACAAAGACUCCAGCUGCUCCCGUGGUGGUGUGGGAUAGCAAGGUUCAGGACGGCUACAAGCGGAACCAUGCCCCUGCUGCCGUGGCAACAGAUGGAGAGGGGCAGGAGUCCAGCGGCGGCCCCAAGGCAUGCUGGGACGGCAGCCGGGGAGGGGGAGGAGGAGGAGUGGUGGAGGAGCUGCUGAAGAACUCCAGUGACAAGGCCUAUGGGGCGUCAGUGCUUAGCUGGGAUGGAGCCUUCUCUGCCAUCAGUAAAGAUGCCAUCGAUGACGCCCGCAUGGCCAGGAGUGCCACCGUGAUUGACGAAUGGGACGAGGAGUUUGACACGGGAAAGGUGAAGAAGUUGAAGAAGUACAAGCAGGAGAAGCGUAAACGAGGCAACGUGUUCCAGAAGAUCCAGGACCAUCGCAGCAUGUGGUCUGUCACCCCCGGGGCCAAGAAGAGCAGAAUGGGCUUCCGCCACUGAAGAGAGAAGCAGUCUGUCUCGGAUAUGGUGUUGCAACCACACAGAGAAUUCGCCACAAGAUUUUGAUGGCCGUCAUCGGAAAGUGAUGUGAUCCGGUUUCCUCUCAUCCAGCAGGAGCUGCACCUGGGUCCGUCUUACGUCACGGUAAAUGUGACCCGUAACAAGUACCACGCCUGGCUGAAAUGCGUCUAAAAAGACAUAGAUUGUUUGAGGUGGAUAUCUGUGGCCCGGCCCUGUAUGUAUAUCAAGGGUGUGUUGGUGAGUGUUGGAAGAGGCUUCAAAAAUCUCUUGAGCCUGAUACAGACAUCUGCAAUACAUCACCACCCACCAAAAAAACACACAUUUCAUAUUAUUACCAUGAAAUUCAGAUUGGCACCACCCCCUGCCUAACACACACACACACACACACACACACACACACACACACACACACAAAUGUGUGUUUGCAGCAGUACCCCAGCACCAUCCCCAUCCAUGGGCACCCAUCUGCCCCCCCACCCCCACCCCACUCCUAACAACGGUGCUUGGCCAGCAUCCUCUCCCCUCUGCUCAACCGGUGCCUACAGACAUACAACUUUUAUUUUAUUUUUUAAUGGUUUUAUUUGUUUCUCAUGUUCAAGCUGCUUUUAUUUUAUCUUUUUGUUGUGAUUGUGAAUGAUAUUCAUGCCUUAUUCAGUGAGUUCAGAAAAACGGUUCAUGACAUGCGACAUAAACAUGGGACUUGAAAUGAAACCAGUGGAUGUUUCUCUAUCGGACAAUCCCUCUGCAUCUCCUUUGGAUAUUUUAACACCCGAGUUAUGGACGUGAAGGAGUAUUUUCAGUUACCCCUCCUGAGUACCGAUGCCAUACCAAUUCUGAUUCAAAUGGAAACGGAUUCUAUUGAUGAUGUCAUAAACAUGGUAACCUAACCAACACCUGUUUUUGGGGACGUGGGGCUGUGUGGCAAGUCUCAGCCACAGCAGAAGGACACAAGACUGUGGUGUGGGUUCCUUUUUUUUUUUUUUUUUUACCGGAGGAGGAAAUGCUGGUGUGUGUUUGUGUGCGUGUGAGUGUGUGAUGAUGGGUCUACAUUUUGGCGUCCGCCUCAUAUUUUUUGACUAUGCAAUUGUGCCAACCGUUCUUCUAACAGUCCACCCACCCACCCAUGUGGACCCAUGUGAUCAGUCCACCAUCUUCUCCACUCUACAGAGCCCAGCGUCCAGUCUGUCUCUCUCUCUCUCUUAUGGUCAUCGCAUAGUAUACCCGUCAGCCCUGUGUAAUUCACAUGUUCAGAUGUUUAUUAGUAGUAUACUGCGGGAGAGGGGGAAAAAAUGAAUUCUAUUUACUUGACCACAGAUGAAAAAAUAUAUCGAUAUGAAAGUGAUGAUAUUUAAA